GGAUUUUUAAUUUGUUUUAGAUGGAUGUUGAAGUUUUACAGUAUCUAUAAGUAUCAAAUAAUUUAUAUAUGUCUUGAUGCUGUCUACCACUAUGACAGUAUAAGAAUGGCAGAAAUCCUAGAGAGCAUCGAAGACUGGCAGGCUGGACGUAGUGUCAUGGAUUGUAACAAGUUUAUGCUGCAAAAUGAAAUUAACUGCGAUGUCACAUUUUUACUCGGGCAGAAAAAAGAGCCGAUUAAAGCUCAUAAGUACAUGCUGGUGAGCAGAAGUUCGGUUUUCCAGUCAAUAUUUGGUGGUUCAAUAUCCGGUGACAGCAACAGUGAUACUAUCCCUGUGUCUGAUAUAGAUCCUGAGACGUUUAAAACUUUGUUAAUGUUCCUGUAUUGUGAGCAAGCUACCAUUGAUGGGAAUAAUGUGAAACAAUUGUUGUAUGCUGCGAAGAAAUAUGCUGUAAAAGGACUUGUAGAUAAAUGUCUGGCAUUUCUAGAAUCUUCUAUAAAUGUUCAAAAUGUCUGUAACAUUCUAGAACAGGUGCACUUAUAUGAUGGGAAGAACCUGGAAACAAAAUGUGUGAACUAUAUACACGAGCAUGCGGAGGACGUUCUAAAAUCUGAUGCAUUCAGAAGUCUAUGUCCUAGCUGUGUGGAAAAUAUUGUUAAAGUUGAUGAACUUGUUGUAAAGGAACGUCUAGUUUAUGAAGCUGCACUGAGCUGGGCUGAUAAAGAAUGCAAGCGAAGAAAUUUACAGACGUCGGACGAAAAUUUACGAACUGUGCUCGGACAAACAUUAUUCUAUGUGAGAUAUCCACUAAUGGACCCAGUUUAUUUUACCAACGCUGUUUCUACACGAGAAUUACUGACCAUGCAAGAAGUUAUAGCUAUAUACCAAUACUUCAAUGGUCGAGCGCAGCCGUCAAACUGGAAAUUCUGUACAAACAGACGACGUGGAUUUUCACUAAGCAGUGUAGUGAGGUACAACUUGAUUUCUAUGGAGGGAUUUCAAAGUUUAAAGUCUGAUGAGAGUGACUCGAUAAAAUUUUGCUGUUCAGAACAUAUUCUGCUACAUGGUGCAUCAAUGUAUGGCACGCUUGAAGAGUCAGCAGAAUAUGAUGUCAGAAUAGAACUCUGGUUAUGGUCAGAGAAGGACUUUGUUCAACUGGCGUCAAAUUUUCUGACAUUAAGCACAACACGGACACAGCAUAUGUAUGACGUCAUGUUAUCAUCACCAGUGCCGUUGAAGCCUGGAAAACAAUACAAAGUGUUAGUAGAAAUGAAGGGACCACCAACCAAGAUGGGUUAUGGCGGGAAAAGUGAUGUUACAGCAGAUGGCGUCAAUUUUCAUUUCAUGACCGUAAAAGGUUGUAAAACAACUAUAGGAAAAGGACAAAUUCCAGGAUUGUUAUUCACACAGGUCGAAAACAAAGACAAGAAAUAGUGUGUGUUCUUAGUAGUUUUUAAAAUUAUUUGAAAUAAUUUGGGGGGGGGGAUGGGAGGAAUCUGUCUUUUUAUCUUCUGAAAAAAAAAUACAUAAAAAUUAUCAAAGCAUAAUGGCACAAGAUUUGCGAUAAUUUUUGUGAAAAUUUUAAAAUUGUUGUAAUGAAUAAAACACAAAUGAUGAGAUAUGUACAAAUUAAAUGAUUUAACCUAGCCUAAGCUAAUUGCUAUGUAAUGAAAUUACUUAGAAAUUGUAAAGAUAUGCACAUUCUUUUUCUUUUUUAUCUAACUCUGUUACUUUUGGGGUAGAAUUUUGGUAAUAAAAAAAUAAUAAUAUUUGUCACGAUUUGCAUAAUACAUUCCAAGUUUGCCUUAUUUGUGAAAAUUCAUUUAUUUCCUAAUAUUCUUGUGAUAUUUUGACGAAUUAGCUAACUCUUCUGGAAGCAUUCUGCUUUAAAAAGCGAGGAUAGAAGAUGUUUUUAAGCAGGAUUGCUACGGGGGAGUAAAUAAGUACAAUUUUGCGGUAUUUUGGAUUCCCGAAAUAUAAUUAUCAGUACUUGAAAUCUGUUAUUAUUUAUAUAACACACCAGUCAUGUUACAAGGAUGUUAAGGUCGGAUUUGCUUGGAUAGGCAUAGUUUUACCUGGGACAAAAAGUAUUUUUUGUCACGGGUUUUUAAGACUUGUUUUUGAGUUCACUUUCUCUCUCUGAGUAUUUUUAACUUUUUAAUAACCAGAAUUUUUAAUAACCAGAAUUUGUAAGCAUAAUAUAUAGUGCUUUUGUCUCAUGUAGAUGUUAUCCGGUUCAUAAAUACAUUAAUCUUUUAUUGAAAAAUUUACCAUUUUCCUGAUAUGAUGUUGAAAUAAAAAUGCGUUAUAUAAUGUAU